UUAACGACUAAACGAGACGGAUCUAAAAUCCUUAGUUAAAUUAAAGAAUUUACGAAUAAAAAUUAUAAAAAUAUAUAAAAUAAUAAACGAAACAUAUUUACGAGAUGAAAUUGCAAAUAUUUGCAAUAAUUGCGGCGCUUGCCGCCGUUAAUGGCGGGAUUCUUCAGAAUCCAUGCACGCAAUCCGGGUACUUUGCGUUCAUCGAUAAUAUGCCAACGUUUUAUAGUUGCUCUUUGAAUGAUGACGGUUCUUACGCGAUUCAAUAUUUAUCCUGUUCAAAUGGAUACGUUUUCAGUCAAAGCGCUAGUAAUUGUGUUUUAAAAGAUCAAGCAAACGUUGUCGAUACUACAGUUUCCUCAACAAGCACUACUGAAGUGCCCUUAACAAGUACUGCCGCAGCUACAAGUACUACACGUGGAGAGCCAGUUACAACUGGAGAACCUUCAAGUUCGGAGGUACCCAUUGUUUCGAGCACACAAGAUGUACCAGUAUCUACAACUCUAAAACCCACCGAAAAACCAAUUACCACCACUGUACAACCCUACACUAAUGAAGUAGUAAGUACCACAAUUGAAGAACCGCGCACUACUCAAGAGUCGACAAGUACGGAUAAGCCUGACGAGAAUUCGACCAUUACUGAUGGACCUACUACGGUUACAGAAGAAACAACGUUAGCAACAGAAACUACACAAGCCACAAGAACUACUGAAGAAUCAAUCGUUACCGAAGAUCCAACAGAAAGCACUUCAUCCAUUCCAAGUGUCACAACUUUAACACCAGAAUCUACUGCAGUGCCAGAUGCACCAAGCACUACUGAAGAAACAACUGUUACCGGAGAUAAGACCACAACGGAAGGAUCAGAUACUACAGCAGCACCCGAGGAAAAUGAAACAACUGUAAUUACAGAAUCCACCGAUGUUCCAGAUGCACCAAGCACUACUGAAGACCCUGCAGACAAUACUACAAGAGAAGGAUCAGGUAGCACAGAAGCACCCGAGGAAAAAGAGACAACGGUAACUACAGAAUCUAAUGAACUUCCAGAAGAACCAAGUACUACUGAAGAACCUGAAGAUAGUACCACAACGGAAGGAUCAGGUAGCACAGAAGAGCCCGAAGAAAAUGAGACAACUGUAGCUACAGAAUCUACUGAUGUUCCAGAGGCACCAAGUACUACUGAGGAGCCUGAAGAUAAUACCACAACAGAAGGAUCAGGUUCUACAGAAGCACCCGAGGAAAGUGAGACAACUGUAAUUACAGAAUCUACCGAUGUUCCAGAUGCACCAAGCAGUACCGAAGAACCUGCCGACAAUACCACAACAGAAGGAUCAGAUAGCACAGAAGCACCCCAGGAAAAUGAGACAACUGUAACUACAGAAUCUAAUGAACUUCCAGAAGAACCAAGUACUACUGAAGAACCUGAAGACAGUACCACAACGGAAGGAUCAGGUAGCACAGAAGAGCCUGAAGAAAAUGAGACAACUGUGGCUACAGAAUCUACUGUUAUUCCGGAGGAACCAGGUACUACAGAAGAACCUGAAGGUAAUACCACAACAGAAGAGCCCGAAGAAAAUGAGACAACUGUAGGUACAGAAUCUACUGAUAUUCCAGAGGAAUCAAGUACUACUGAAGAACCUGAAGGUAAUACCACAACAGAAGAGCCCGAAGAAAAUGAGACAACUGUAGGUACAGAAUCUACUGAUGUUCCAGCGGAACCAAGUACUACUGAAGAACCUGAAGAUAAUACCACAACAGAAGAACCCGAAGAAAAUGAGACAACUGUGGCUACAGAAUCUACUGAUAUUCCAGAGGAACCAAGUACUACUACAGAGUCUAAUGAACUUCCUGAAGAACCAAGUACUACUGAAGAACCUGAAGACAAUACCACAACAGAAGAUCCCGAAGAAAAUGAGACAACUGUAGGUACAGAAUCUACUGAUGUUCCAGAGGAACCAAGUACUACUGAAGAACCUGAAGAUAAUACCACAACGGAAGGAUCAGGUAGCACAGAGGCACCCGAAGAAAAUGAGACAACUGUAACUACCGAAUCUACUGAAGUUCCAGAGGCACCAAGUACUACUAAGGAGCCUGAAGAUAAUACCACGACAGAAGAACCCGAAGAAAAUGAGACAACUGUGGCUACAGAAUCUACUGAUAUUCCAGAGGAACCAAGUACUACUACAGAGUCUAAUGAACUUCCAGAAGAACCAAGUACUACUGAAGAACCUGAAGACAAUAACACAACAGAAGAUCCCGAAGAAAAUGAGACAACUGUGGCUACAGAAUCUACUGAUGUUCCAACGGAACCAAGUACUACUGAAAAACCUGAAGACAAUACCACAACGGAAGGAUCAGAUAGCACAGAAGCACCCGAGGGAAAUGAGACAACUGUAGCUACUGAACCUACUGAAGUCCCAGAGGCACCAAGUACUACUGAAGAACCUGAAGACAAUACCACAACGGAAGGAUCAGAUAGCACAGAAGCACCCGAGGGAAAUGAGACAACUGUAGCCAAAGAAUCUACUGAUAUUCCAGAUGCACCAAGUACUACUGAAAAAUCUACUGAACUUCCAGAGGCAUCAAGUACUACUGAAGUACCUGAAGACAAUACCACUCCGGAAGUAUCAGUUAGCACAGAAGCACCCGAGGAAAAUGAGACAACUGUAGCUACCACAAAUGAUGGUGAAAUUACAAAAGCACCAGAAGUCCCUUCCACAGAAAUUCCAGAACAGCCUGAAACGACAGGCGCGCCCAGCAGCACUGGUGCACCAACCACAACAAGUAUUGAAGCCAGCACCACAGAAGUAUCGCAAACCACUACUACUCAAGGUCCAGCUAUAACAAAAGAACCAGAAACCAGUGAAGUACCACCAAGACCCAGUGAUAAACCCAGCUCACCCCAUGUGUCGUCUACCACACCAGCGCCAGUUACAACCAACUCACCUAGGACCACAGUAAAACAACCGCCUAAACACACAAGCACGGUUACUACGAAAGCGCCCACAACACCUAGAAAACCACCACCAGAACACUUAAAAUGCCCCUAUGAAGGCUUCUUCCCAAGUGAAGACGGUUGCAAAAAGUUUGCCUACUGUGCCAAAUUUUUCGGUAAAAUGAAGCAGUAUGAUUUGAAGUGUCCCCGCGGACAAAAAUUCAAUAGGAACACACUCUAUUGUGAUCCAGAAAUCGAUUGUAAAAACAGUGAUGAAAGCAGCGGUGAAGUAGCUUCUAUUGAGCACCACAAACCGUUCACCUGCUUAGUGGAGGGUACCUUCGCCCAUAAGAAUGAUUGUACCAAAUACUAUACCUGCGAGUGGAGUACGAAACAUCGCAAUUUCCUUCAGUUACCCAGCGCUUGCCCGAGCGGUGAGGUCUUCCGUCUAGAGUCUGGCUCAUGCGGUCGUGAGCGCCGACUGACUUGUUUCUUACGGCCGAACGGUUCCAAAUACUACGAUCACGAAUCGUCCAAAUGAGUCUAAUGCGAGAGACCGCACUUCGUGCACUCGUAUUUAUGUAUAAGUAAUGCUUAUACUAUAAUUGUAAAAUAAAGAAAAUUUGCAUUAAUUUAAGUUUUUUUUUUAUCAAAUAUAAUACUAAACGAUUUAUCUCUAAGUAAUUUAUUACUAA